CCUGUGUAUAUACCUCCCCCCCCGGGCUCCCAUCCGCCACCAGUGAGGCAGUGACCAGCCCCGCCGCCGCCAUCGCCGCCGCCAGCUCGCCCGGCAUAGGCGCCACCAGCCAGCAGUUGCUAGUUCGCAUCACAAGGCCGCGGACGCGGCGCUGCCAGCCUGCGUUGGAGGCUCGAGCUCGGUCGCCGCCAGCUGCACCCGCCCGACCUCACCGGCUUGACCUGCGCAGCUACAUCCACGCGACCUCACCGGAGAUCUGCACGCCGCCGACCUCGUCUCCACCGGAUCUGUGUGGUAGCCUUCUUUAUUCUUGAAUUCUCCAGUUCCCAAUGGUUAGGAUUUAGAGCUUGAUGCUUGGAUUUGCAGUGUCUAAAUUGUAGAUGCGCAGAUAGUAUAGAGUUGAAUGAGGAUUAAAUCGAGUUGACUCUAUUUGUGAUUGCCCGCUGGUACUGCUUGUUAGGUUUGCUUUCACUAGUAUGUGUGAUGCCAAUAGCUGAUGCCGCUAGUUGACAGUUUAUUUGUGAUGGUCAGUAGCUGCUACAGCCAGUUCAUAGUUCAUUUAUUUAUCCCUUUUUUUUUAUCUCCAGUUUGUGAUGGCAAACCAUGGUAAGGAAACCAACCAAUCCAUGUCCAAUCUCCUUUUGCCAUCAUCGCACCCCCACCCCACCGUCGGCAAUCCAGGAGAUGAUCAAUCCAUGUCCAAUCUCCUUUUGCCAUCAUCGCACCCCCACCCCACCGUCGGCAAUCCAGGAGAUGAUCAAUCCAUGUCUGAUCCCCUCUGGACUUCAUCACACCCCCACUCCACCCAUGGCGGUCCAGAAGAUGAUCAAUUCAUGGGUGUCGAUGACUGGUAUGGCAUGUCCAUUGAUAUCCCCUCUCCAUCGGAAAUCCUGAUGGAGGGCAUCCCCUCUCCAGGGCUUGCCGCCGACGCGGCAGCGGUGGCUGAAAUUGGUGAGCCCGCGUCUGGCUCGCUCGGGGAGAACAGCCUCCUUACCUCGGCAGCUGUGGCAAAUAAGUUGCCUCCUGCACGCCAUAGGCAGCAUAGGGGAGAAAAGCACUACAUGGAACUAUACGACAGAACCUUCUUCGACGUUUCGACCUCCACGGCUCGUGCGAUGCGCAUCACCGCUGCACUGGAUGAUGACGGCAUCCACGGGUCCCACCCAGCCCAGGGCCUCCUCCAGCCGGAGCAGGUCAAGACCAGGGUCCAGAUUCUGGCUUUGAUCAAAAAGAAGUACAAAAUGGGAAUACGGUACGAGGAGGAGGCAGAAUUAAUCCGCCUCAUGACCAUCCAGUUUAAAAAGGAGAAAAGCAUCAGUAAUGACCGCAUUGACUACUUGGCGGAUCCAUUUGAACCCCCAACAUCCAAACAAUGCUACUUCACCAGAUUCAUGGCAAUGCUGUUCGACAAUAAGAAGGCAGACGACGAUAAGAAGGAUAAGAAGGCAGACGACGAUAAGAAGGAUGAGAAGAAGGCAGGCUACUGGAAGGAAAAAGAGACCAAAGCGAUCCGUGAUCCGUCGGCCUCAAGAAAUAUUAUAGGAAUGAAGAGGACGCUGGAAUUCAUGAACGGGGGCAAGAGGACGCGCUGGCUCGCCGACGAAUACGUUGCGCUCGAGCCGUGGGGUCAUGAUGCCGUGCACAUCCUGGGUGAUAUUGCGGUUCGAAGAGUAUACGAAGAGGGCAAAGAGACAGCACCACCGUCAAAGUGCUCCAAGACCGGUGCUCACAGCAGUGGGGAGUCGUAUAUUUGGCAGCACAUGACAAGAGUUUAUGCCGGGUCAACAGAGGCUCCUUCCUUGCUUUAUGGGAUUUGCCACGAGUGCGAUAAGGCUCUGAAGUGUCCUCCCAAUUUUGGCAACGGGAACCUGAACAAACACCUAGCGCGCGUCCACGACAUUCAUCCACCCUGCAAAAACCAAUGUGUGAUGACUAACGAGAAAGGAGUAGGUAGGAGAGCUGUCAGAGUUUGAGUCCAAGCCUUUAGGCCGGAGUAUGUGUGGGUUUGCUCAUGAACUCAGGUUUUCCAAAUUAGGGGGGCAAAUGAAAAAUAUUGGUUUGGUAAUUUUUAUAUAACCCCCUAAUUUGGACGGGUUUUAUCGCAAUUUUUACAGACCGGCGAGGCGGCCGCCGCCGCCGCUGCCUGUGGGCGUGGCGAUGCUUACAGCAAAUGAAGAACGAGAGGAAGACGUGCGCCAGCCAACAACGCCGGCAUCUUGCUGCUCUCAUCACCCAUGGAGGACCUCAUCUGAUCUGAUUUCCGAUGGAAAUGGAUGGGUUCCAUCUGAUCAGGCAGGAAAGCAACAAGAACGUGCACUUUACCCAGUGCCGAAUCUAGGAUUCGAAGUUGGUAAUCCAAGGCAAAAAUUUCGAAUACCACAGCUGGUCCACAGCAGAUUAAUAAAACAUCUUAUGAACGUCUCCAAAUCCAGAUUUAACUAUGAAACUUACAGCAAAUGAAGCUUACACGCUUAUAAUAGUUCAAAUAAGGUUAUAAUACUACUAUUUCUUCUUAGGUCUACACUUUUCUCUUGGCCAUGAAAGUCUCCAAUAUAUCAUCUUCAUUCACAGCGAAGAACGUAUCUCGCUCAGUGAAGGUGGUCAGAUAUCUUCUAAAAGACUAAUCAUCCUAUUUCUUGACUUGCUCUUAUUUCUUGAAUUGCUCUUGAUGAGUUCAUUGCUGAAAAUA